AUGGCAGUGCUGAGUAGAAGACCGUUUGUCCAUUGGGGGAACGCGAAGGGGGUUUGGGCUCGCCGGAAUGGCGGCGGGAAGAGGAGGUUCGCGCAGCUGGUUGGGGGAGGCGGCCAGCAUGGAUGUAGCCAGCAUGGAUGUAGCCAGCAUGGAGGCGGCCAGCAUGGAGGCGCGCAGCAUGGAGGCGCGCAGCAUGGAUGUGGCGAACACAGACAAAUGAACGACUUCCACUACUUCAACAUUUUCCUCCUCAAGGGCAGCGACUUGGUUAAGCUAACAUCAACAUACAAUUUGUGUGAAAACAAAAAUAUGUACGCGUGCAUACUGCUCCACCUGAGCAAUGUGUAUGAGUCCAUCCCAGUUAGGGACGUCGUGAAACUUUUAAAAAAUAUUCUCGAGCAGAAUAAGGCCUCCUUUUCUCACCACUUUAUAAAGGGAAAGAAAAUAAGUGACUUAUAUAAACACGUGUGUCACCAGCUGGACAAGCUGAAUACAGCAGAAGUGAUUGACUUACUCAAAUGUGCUUGCUACACCACACAGGAUUUUCCUGUAGAAUGUAUUAGCCUGUUAUGCAGAGUGAUCGGUUCGAAGCCCCUGAGUUCCUUCCACCCCAAACAGCUACACGAGAUCUGCUCCUGCUUAAUAAAAAUGAAAAAUGAAUUCUCUUUGAGGAAGCUCAUAUAUGAUUAUACACUUCAUGUGAAGAUGCUCGAACAUGUUAAGGAAAGAAUCGUUGGGUGCGAUGCGCAGGCGUUCUUUGAAUACCUACCCCUGUAUAUUAGCCUCUCCAAGGGGGCUCCCCCCCACGUGGCCGCUUCCCCCCCGGAACGCAACCUAAGGAAGACCUGCGAACUGAUAUUCCUGAACCACCUAAACGAGCUCAACCGGGAGUUCCUCCUCCCAGCAGUUAGCAUAUUCAAGUGGCUAGAUGUGAGAAAUCACUCCAUUUUUUUUCACAUGUGCGAUGCGUUUGUCCACAAUGCAUUUGUCUUAGAUGUAAAGUACGUCGUGCGCUUCUGGAGGAAGUGUCACUCCUUGAGGUUUGAAAAAGGGGGACGGAAGGGUCAUGUGGAAGGGGAGAAGCGAACCGUACCCUGGGAUGAGCCGCUUAGGAGGGGGAACAAAGAGGCAGUUAUUAACACCCCUGGUGAAGACAACCCGGUUACACGUAAAGCGGGUCAUGUGCUGUCAGAGGAGAGGCCCCAUUUGGAACACGAAAAAGAGGAAGAGGAAGGGAGUAAUGUGUUGUUGAGUUUUAUUAACAGAAAGGUGUAUCACAUGACACCACCUCAGUUAGCUCGAAUUACUUAUGGUCUGUACAGCUUCGUGGAGAACAUGAAGCAGUACUCACAGCUCAGUAGCUUGAGGAAUAAUAUGAACCUUUUAUUUUCCAUGGCUGUUCAGUACGUAUUGAAUUACCUCGACAGAGGCUCUUUACACCAUGAAGGGGUUCCUCCAAGUGACCCCAUAUAUAAAGGUGCUGCUGAUAUGCCACUCACAUGCGAAGGAGAGCACCCAAGCAAUAUUAACAUGAGUACCGAUUACAUAUACAUAUAUGAGUCUGGUGUGCAUGUGAGUAGGGGGGGGGAACACCAUCUCCCAUCAGAUAGAAGCAGUCGAGAUGGUGUGCUGUCGAGUGGCUCCUCCCCACGGCGAGUCAACCUCACGCACGCAUGCGAUAUCCUCCUGAACAUUAGCUACCUCAACACGAGCCAGAAUCACCGCAAAAUUAAGGAAGCAUAUGAAUGUAUAAAAAAAAUAAUCACACAAGAAGACCCCCCAGCAGAAUUGAAUCAUCUCUUGUCGCUCCUCCUGUGCAUGUCUAACUUGUAUCAUCGCACUAGAGACAAUUAUGUGUUCCAUUUGUACAAACAGAUUUUCCACAUGUUACAAAUGCAUAAGACCAACUUCAAUGCACAUCACUUUAACAGACUCUCCAUAGCUGUUACUCCGUUGAUGCAAGAAAAGAAUAACUUAAUAGGAGGGUAUGCUGAGCUGCUUUGCUUCUUUAUUGAAAAUGAAGUGGUUCCCUUGAGGUCCUGUGUCUUUACACUUCAGCAUGUGAUGAAGAAGAUCUGUAUCAAGUUAAGCGAUCCCCUCGUGAAGCUUCUUCUGGUGAUCAUCCGUCGCAUCUACACAUUCCUGAGCGACGUACAUGCACACGUUGUGAAGAGCGGCGCAGACAACGGCGGUGAUGAAGACAGCCUUGUGAACGUUAACGAGGGGGACUGCUCACACAGUAGUGCUAAUCGCGACGCGUUUAAACGAUUCCUCCUUCUACACUCCAUCAACGACAGCACACUCACUUGCGUCCUCGUUAGCCUGUCGCUUGUUUUACAAAAUGCCAGGUACGGCACGGGGGCGAGGGACGAGGCAGCGGAGCUUUUGUGUAAAGUCAUCUCCUACGUGUCCACGGGCUCUCUCGAGAAAAUUCCGAAGAAGUACAUUCACGCAGGGCUGCUGGACGCACUCCCCCCCGAUGAUAGCAGGGUUAAGAAAGUCCUCCUGAGCAAGGCGUAG